ACAGAAUUAAAGAUGAAGGUGUUAUUUCAGGUGAACCAUGGCGGAUCUAGACAGCUACGAAGAUGUAGUACUCUCGACAGCAGGUGCGGAGACGGUCUCGAUGGCCCCGUCUGCUGAUCUCCCUGAAAUAAAAUUAUUCGGUCGUUGGAAUUGCGACGAUGUCCAGGUAAACGACAUGUCACUCCAGGACUACAUAGCAGUCAAGGAGAAGAAUGCUAAGUACCUGCCACAUUCAGCAGGUCGUUAUGCUGCCAAACGUUUCCGCAAGGCGCAGUGUCCAAUUGUCGAACGUUUAACGAAUUCAUUGAUGAUGCAUGGGCGCAACAAUGGCAAGAAGCUGAUGGCUGUGAGAAUAGUCAAACAUGGCUUUGAGAUCAUUCACUUGCUCACUGGUGAAAAUCCUCUACAGGUCCUCGUGACAGCCAUCAUCAACUCUGGCCCACGUGAAGACUCAACACGUAUUGGUCGUGCUGGUACAGUGCGUCGUCAAGCUGUUGAUGUAUCACCACUUCGUCGUGUUAAUCAAGCUAUUUGGCUUCUCUGCACUGGUGCACGUGAGGCUGCUUUCAGAAACAUCAAGACAAUCGCCGAGUGUCUUGCUGACGAGCUCAUCAACGCAGCCAAGGGAUCAUCAAAUUCCUACGCUAUCAAGAAGAAGGACGAGCUCGAGCGUGUUGCCAAGUCUAACCGAUAAACUGUUCACGUUCGAAAUAAACAUUUUACUUUAAACGAGA